CUGAAGGGGUUGCGCCAUCUAUUUUAGAACGUCCGUUGCUCGCGCUCACCUGCGCUUCUAACCGUCGCUUUGCUAGGCGGUCGUCGCUUCUUACCAUCCUGUGGUUGCACUGCAAAGCUAAGCCUUGGAAGAUAAUCUGGCCAGUACGAGUGCAGCUUUCCACCAUGUUCAGAGGGCGGCUCCAAUCACUGCUCCGCAGCCCGAGCACCCCGGCGUGCGCGUACAAGCAGGAAGACAGGAGCGUCGUCUUCUCCCUCCGCUCCAAGAAGGUCGCACUGCUAGCACUCACGGCCUUCGGCGUGGUGGCCGCGCUCUCUUUCGUGCCCGAGCUGCACUUCACGGUCACGCAUGCCGACGACGAAGACAAACACUUCGCCAUAUUCACCAAGAGCUGCAUGGUCCCUGACUACGACCCUUGGCAUCCGUCAGUGAUGCCGUACGUCAGCACAACGCGUCCCAUCAGCUGUUCGAAAGACCCGCCAUACAGCUACACUGAUAGGACCAGGAUUUUCAUCGACACAUCGGCCAUGACAAUGACGGCAAACAAGACAAAAGCGAAGCCACCAAUAACAUGCUGCUAUCGCAUCGUGGAUCGGCCGUCCACGGUUUACAACGACAGCAUCACCACGUAUAAGGGUCCUUGCGUGCCCGUGACAAAUGGUACGACCAUCCACGUCGAGUUCAUCCGGCUGACAUGCCUGGACGCUGAGGGGGCGCUCGUCUACGCCAACUACCAUGCGUUCGUGAUCCGCAAGCCCCGCGUCGAGAAGCGCUGCGCCCGAAGCCUGCGCCGCCGGGCGCGAGAUGGAACCAACGACAGCGACUUCGUUUCACCGGUGCCGAAGCGCGGCAAAUUCGCCUACAGCGUGCUCCUGCUGGGCGCUGACUCGCUCUCGCGCAACAACAUGAAGCGCUCGCACAGCCAAACGGUCAGGUACCUGGAGAAGCGGAUGCGUGCCGUUUGGUUGAACGGCAUGAACGCUUUGGGCGAGAACACCUUGGAGAACGUCGUGCCGCUACUCACGGGGCGACACAUUGAGGAAGUCAAGAAAGAGUGCUGGAGGGACUCCUCUCAGUUCUGGGACAACUGCUCUUUCCUCUGGACGGAGUUCGCCAACGCUGGCUACCGCACCUUGUACGCCGAGGACCAGACCGUGAUAUCGACGUUCAACUACCUGAAAUCGGGUUUCAAGAAACAGCCCACGGACUACUACUUGAGGACGCUGCUCCAUCCCUUUGAAACAAAUCUGGGUCGUUAUAAGCUCCUGAACUGCUACCUCUGCGUGGGCCAGUCUCUGGUCGCUGAAGUGGUGUUAAACUACACGCGCGACUUCGCCAUCACCUUCAAUGACGAGCCGUACUUCGCCUUCACCUGGGUCAACUCGCUCACGCACGACUAUGCCUCGACACGCUGGGGUGGAGACGAGAUCUUCCUCAAUUUCUUUGAGUCGCUGUACGAGGGCGGCCACCUGAACAGAACCAUCGUGGUGUUCUUGAGCGACCACGGCAUGCGCUGGGGCGGCAUCCGUCGCACCUUCGCCGGCCUGCUCGAGGGGCGCAUGCCGGGCCACCUGUGGUACCUGCCGCGAAGCCUCACCCGUAGCCACCCGCACCUCCUGCACGUGCUCCAGGAGAACGCGCACCGCCUGACCACGCCGCUCGACGUGCACGCCACGCUGCGGAGCGUGCUGGAAGACUUCAAGCUCCUCGACGCGCCCACCACCGAGCCCUUCUUGCGGGAGACGCAGCGCAAGUACGGCGGAAUUCGCAUGACGUCGCUGUUCACCCCGGUUCGUAUGAACAGGACAUGCGACGACACCGGAAUGGAGAAACAGUGGUGCUCGUGUCUACGCCGAACAUCCAUCUCAACGUCUUCGCGGCCAGUCCCUCAGGUGGCCGAAGCAGUUGUCCGCGAAAUCAACCGCAUACUGGAGCCGUACUCCCCACGAUGCGCUCGGCUUAGCCUCCUGCACGUUGACAGCGCCUACGCUCACGUCAUCGAAGACCCAAGGAACAGCGUCAGCUUUGCACCUUCAUGGACAGAGUGGCUUUUUUCUGGCGGCGGUUGGGGUCACACCGACGUCCGGGAGCUCACCGUCACCCUCGUGACGGUUCCGGGCGAGGCCGUGUUCGAGGCGACGGCGCGCGUUUUCAAAGGUGUGGUCACCGUGGUCGGGGAAGUGCUGCGCAUCUCCCUGUACGGCAACAGCUCGCAUUGCGUGCCCAACAUGCCGUACCGCAAGUUCUGCUACUGCUUGUGGCCCGCCUCCUCACCCCCGUCGGAGUGAGCACCGAGCUUCUUGUCAUAGCCCGCCGCACGCCUGCCUGCGACGCCCAUCAACCAGGCUGUGAUGAACGUUCACAGGCCGAGGCGGCAGUACGCGAGUGGUUGCGCCUGACGUUCAAUAUGCUAAAGCACGUGCGCUUGCGACUAUUGACUACUGUUGUGGCAAGUGUCUUGUGUGCGAUUGACGCGUCUCGCGAUUUUCAGAAAUUAAAUAUGCGUAACGUG